AUGAGCUGGUUUUCUUAUCGAGUGGCUGUUGAUUCGUUCGCCGAACUUGGCAAUUGGUUCACAGCUUCGUCAUCAUACAAGGAGACAUCAUCAUUUUUCUCAUUCCGGGUUGUUGGCGCAUUGAGUAGUCCUCCGACGGUCGUUCACGCUGCAUCAAGAACCCAGUUAAAAGUAACUCCAGACGAUUUUUGUGAACGGAAGUCCGCGAACAGAAAGAACACAACCGACCUGGGAAACUUGAUAAAAGCUAUCUGUUCGCGAAUCCGUGAGCCAAUAAACCGUGGUGCCGUAGAGUUGACGGCAGCGAAGAUCAGGGAGAUGAUGGCCAGUGCCCAACGUACCAUUGCGGAGAGGAAAGUUCAACUGGGUCUUGGUGAAGGAAAAUCUGCCAAUGGACUCAAUGUACCAUCAGGAACCAUCCCAGACACAGAGACAUUCGACAAGUUACGGAGGGCGGCCCAACUGCAAGCACAGAUUGCUGCGCGCAUGAACUCGGGUAUCUUAAGCAAAUAUGCCGUCUCGGCGGAAACAGAAACAAAUGCCCUUACCUAUGGUUUUAGGAAGUCCAAGGAUAUUCCUAAUGUUAUCUUCGAUGAGGAGGGGAAGACCAUAGAUGCCACCACAGGCGAGGAGAUUCAGCUCACACAUUAUACACCCACGCUGAAAGCAAAUCUACGGGCUCAGCGAGCCCAACAAUUCAAGGAAGUUUUGCAAACAACGACUCAGAAGAAACCACAAAAAAAUUUGACUGCCACUGCCUACUUUGAUCCUAGAUUAAGGUAUAGCUGUACGAAUUUCUAA